GCUAUUCUCUAACAUGGCGUUUCUGGGCGAAGUCUCACUUCAGAAAGAACGAUUCUCACUGUUACUUCUUGAACCUGGAGAAAUUUAUUUUGAAGAUUUUAGUGUCUUCUUCUACCCACCUGAGCUUCCAGAAGAAGAGGCCAUAAGGAGGAGAAUACGAGGACGGUUAAAGGUUUGCUCCAAGUCUAUCGUCUUUGACCCUCAGGACACCUCCCAGCCUGUCGUCAAGCUUCCUCUUCGAGAAUGUAUCAAGAUUGACAAAUGGACAGGUCCACUCCUCUCCAGGCUCGGCAGCCGAGAGGAUGUUAUUGUCAUCAAAUGCAAGCAGAAAAUUGAAAUGAAGGCCAAUAACAUCAUCGGACCAUAUGAGUUUAAAAAGGGUAUUUCCAAGCACCUUUUUUCGUUAAACUAUGUCACCCCUGAUGAUGUGCUCCAAAUGAUGUGUCAGUUACACAGGGCAUCUACAUUGCCACUGGCCGAUGAAGCAGGCAUGAUAGCAGCCAUCGUCUUCUCUUACUACAACCGCAUCAAGUUCAACACCAGUUGGCUGGAGACCUUGUACGAGCAGAUCGUCAUGGAGACGUCGGGAGAUCACAUCACACCGUUGGUUGUCAACCCAGGCCGCAUCAUGCUGACUUCCUCUAGGUUAUACUUCCAACCCUUCAACAAUGUGGAAUCGGUUCCUGUUAUCAAGAUCAAGUUGUCUGAUAUCAAGAGAUUAACAAAAAGACGGUUUCUUCUCCGAGAAGUGGGUCUUGAAAUCUUUUGUACGGAGGGAUCAUUCAAGUCCAACAUGUUCCUGGCAUUCUCUAAGCCGGAGGACAGAAACCGUCUGUACAAGGACAUCUUGGCCCAAGAAGGUGUGUCGUUGAAGGAAUCGCCACCGGAGAACAUGACGCUACUCUGGCAAAAUGGCAUCAUCUCCAACUUUGACUACUUGAUGUACUUGAACAGCCAAGCAGACAGGAGCUUCAAUGACCUGACCCAGUACCCCGUCUUCCCAUGGAUCAUUGCAGACUACACCAGCGAGGAGCUGGACCUGGCUAACCCUGCAACAUUUCGAGACCUCAGCAAGCCAGUUGGGGCGCUCAACGCGGAGCGAUUAGAAGCUUUUAAGGAGCGGACGAUCGACAUGCCGGAACCUAAGUUUCUCUAUGGUUCACAUUACUCCACCCCAGGUUAUGUGUUGUACUACUUGGUACGAGUGGCUCCAGAAUAUUCUUUGUGUUUGCAAAACGGCAAGUUUGACCAAGCGGAUAGGCUGUUCAAAAGCAUUGCGGAAACGUGGAACAACGUCCUGUCCCUCCCUUCGGACGUCAAGGAACUUAUCCCUGAGUUCUACCAGCCGGAAAUGGCUGACUUCCUCAUCAACAGGAGCGGGCUGAACCUAGGGGUGCAACAGGAUGGGUCAAAGGUCAAUCGAGUGCAGCUGCCGCCUUGGGCAGAAGAUGAGGUGGAUUUCUGUCGGAAGUGUCGCAAGGCACUGGAAUGCGAUCAUGUCUCCCAGAACCUGCACGGCUGGAUUGACCUUAUCUUUGGCUACAAACAGCGGGGACCUGAAGCCGUGAAUGCUGAUAAUGUGUUUUACUAUCUGACCUAUGAGGGCGCUAUUGAUCUGGAUAACAUCAAGGACCCCAAUGAGAGAGCAGCCAUCAAGGUCCAGAUCAUGGAGUUUGGACAAACGCCAAAACAGCUCUUCAUAAAGCCACACCCAAGCAGGUUCUCCCCGGCUGGGCCAGCAUCGAGACAUUCCAACAACAGCAGUCCGGUUCCGAUCCCACCCCCUGUUGACGAUAAACCAACAAGCGACAGGCCGAGAUCUGACUCUGACGUUCUCACUGAGGGAACCCACCCUGCUGCGGAAGAUCUGGAAGGGGAGACAGCUAGCUCUGCUCCAAGGAAAGGAUCUCCGUUGUCACACCAGUGGGAUCGGAUGGACCAGUUACAGCCAUCCUGUCAGCAUAAACUGCACAAGGAUACCGUCAAAGAUGUCCAGGUCUCUGACAACGGGAAAAUGGUUUUCUCUGUAUCUCUAGACACCAGUUUGAAGCUAUACUCGACUGAAGACCAGCGCCAGCGGCGCAGCAUCAACAUAUCCAGUAUGCCGCUCUCGUCCUUGAGUGCAAUGCCUGAUGGGAAGACAGUCCUUGUUGGAUCCUGGGACAACUCACUAUACCUGUACUCUAUCGAGUACGGCCGCAUCGUGGACAAGCUCAUGGCUCAUGAUGACGCGGUCUCUGCAUUGCGCCUGCAAGGCGAUAUCUUGGUCACUGCGUCCUGGGACUCGACGGUCAAGGUCUGGACAGGAGAGAGUCUGUGCGGGGAGGGGAACGGUAGCGUCCGGUUGGACAGUGUCCAGAUGAUGGCCGAGUUCGAUCAUGAAACAGGGGUGAGCUGUUUUGACGUCAACAGCGAUAAUUCGUUAGUCUUGUCGGGUACGCGUGACAGCACCGUGUACAUAUGGGACAUCGCAUCGCGUUCUAUGCUGAGAUCCAGCAUGAGUCACACCGGUAUGGUUCAUGACGUCAAGUUCAGUCCAGAUGGCAAGAAAGUCUUAUCAGCUGGAGAAGAUCGCUUCAUGAGAGUGGUUGAUGUCCAGACAGGGACGGAAGUAUUUGCCAAAGAGACAGAUAAUGAAAUAAGAUGUGUUGUCUGGGGCGAGAAUACCGUGUUAGCUGGGAGUUCGUCUGGGGAGCUGUUGGUGUGGGACAUGACCAGGGCACAACUCGUGGCUAGCAUCCCAGGUCAUGAUGAUGCCAUUAGCUGUAUCCAGGCAACCACUGACGGACAGACAGUGGUGACCGGAGGAAACGACAAGAAAGUCAUUGUGUGGAAGGUCAGGUGACCCCAGCGGUGAGGUCGGAGGGCAAUAAAAGGGCAGCCAAUGACAAGUCAGUAUUGCCAAAGAUCACAGGAACUCCAAAUGAAUAAGAGAUUGGAAAAAUCCCCAAUGCAUCUUAAUAAGUCUUGCCCAAAUUAUUUCCACAGAACUGGAAAAAUUUCCUUUGAAAUAAGAGAUUAACUGUAGUAUGGCUGUUUUGAACAAAUGACACAAACAUUGUAGGCAUUAUAGCAACCAAAGUAUGGCCUUGUUCCCAAUGAAUUUUGUUUUCAGCUUCUGUCUUUUGUCCCUAUGUAGAUCUGUUGGCUGUUUAUCUAUAAAUCUCUGAGUUUUUGGAUUUUUAUUUUUAAUUCAUAUUUAUGUUUUCGUGGAAAACAUCUGUCAAUUUCUGUUUGGCUCUACAACUCAUUACAGCAUGGAUCGAAGCAAAUAUGAUUCGGAAGAGUACGUUAUUGUCUUGAACAGAUAUCAAAUUGGCUGAUGGAAUUCCACUCGGUAAAUUGUAAAGACGCUGAUUUAUUAUCCGCCAGUUGAAUGGCAACGCGUUUUGUACACAUCUCUGAAAUUGAAAUACGCUGCGAAGUACUUUUUCUGUCAAACUGAAUACUCUGAAGUAUUUGAAAACUUGAACCGAAGGGAAAUAACCCACUUUGGUAUUCCAACGGCACAUGGUCAAACUGAAGCAGCUGCAGUAGUCAGCCCUAUUAGUGCAGCCAUACACUGACCCAUAUGCAUGCCCCGUUCUCGAAAGGCCUUGCCUCUUUGAAAUAACGAACUGGCUCAGUGGUUUUAGUGUCUUGAGGAGUGCGUGGCUUCACUGUGUCAUUCUGUAACAAGAUGGGUAUUCCAAUGUUUCUGGGCUGUUGGAAAUACACGGACCUCCCUGGUGCUUUGACAUUUCUCUUCAUUUCUUGGGCUUUUCUUGUAUGUUUGAGAAUAUUUGGAGUUGAUUUGAACUGACCCAUUUCUCAUCAGUACUAUUGUACUUAACAUUGUUCCUUUCAAUGCACCAUUCUGUCAUAUCACAUGUAAUUAUUUCUAUUGUCGUCUUUGUACUUACGUCUUCACAAGAAUCUCAAAAACACACAACUCGUGUAACUGUAAUAUUUUCCUUCAGCUGAAUUUUAAUUUCCACAUUCUUUUCGCUUAUCUACCCUAAAAUAAAAUCGCUAUCCGGAAUAAAAUGCCGCCACGUGGCAAGCAG